AUGUUUCAUCCAUCCAACCCCCUAGCACCACCGGCCCCACAUUGCAUUGUCAUGGGAAUAUUCUAUCUCCCAACCUACGACCCGGCUGCCUACAGCACGCCUGACCCAGCCGAGGUUGGAAAGGUGUUUCGAUGUUCUUGGCUCUCCGCAAUCAUCGCAUCCUGUGUAUUUCCUGUCGUCGUAUUCGGAUUGUGGCCUGGGCUUUGUUCUAUACUUCCAACGUUUAACCUUACUGCGUUUAAAGUGUGGAUUGGAGUAAUUGUAUUUUAUCUCCUGUGCUCUACGAUCGGCUGCAUGGUGUUGCCUCUGCUGGGCUACUUGAACGUCUUUGGUAACUGCUAUCGAGCCAAGGAGACGGAGGAACUGAUACCUAUGACAUCAGAUCUCCCUACCAUCGAGUAUUUCGUCAGUUCAGAUAGCCAAGAGCAACAAGUCGAAGAAAACGAGGGUCACGAGGGUCACGAAGUUGGAAUAGGUGAUGACAACGUUGGAGAAUCUGAAGACAAGAUGAGGACUUCUGAGGAAAACGAUAAAAAGGUCGACCAAAUAGUGGAUGGAAAUAAACAAACUAAGAGUGCCGCACUACUUGAAGUGAACGCGUGA